GGAGCUUCCAAAUGUGGAUCGGCUCAUGCUGAGUCUCCUCACGUUGAAAUGAAUUGUGGGUGGUGAUUACUCCUCUUUCACAAAGCACCAGCAAGAAAGCGUACGUUUAACGAAAGAGUCCUUCGAGACGCUUCAAACAUGGGUCGCCCAAGUCUUGAGACCUUCUAAUCAAUCAAUGGUCUUGAUCUUGUUGAUUGUGAUAAAACAUCUGAGCCAAGAUUUAGACACACCGCAGGCUGUGAAACUGAGAGAGAACCGGAUUUGGAAAACAAACUUGGAGGAGAAAGCGUGCGCGCCCCUCUUGAAGCGAUUUCGGAAACAUGAAGCAGAAUUGCGAAAAGCGCUGAAUGUCCGUAAAAAGAUUGACAUCACUGAGUUGGUCCGAGGCCAGGUCGCUCUAGAAUCGCUGCAACAACUUUCAUCAAGUCACCAGCACCUGUUCCAACUGAACUAUCUCGGGUAUGUGCUCUACAAAGCUGGAGCAGCCGCCUAUACCAACAGUUAUGGUUGGCCGGGGCUGACCGAUUCCGUUCUCGUCCUGUGUAUGGAAAGUCUGCCGGUGUUUCUGGGUGUCGUGUCUGGCGAAAUCGCCGUGUCUGCGGGGUUUAGGCAGCUUGCCGAUGUCAGGAAUAGGUUGCUUGUUGCGGGCUCCGGUGCAGCCGAGUCGUUUCGGGACCGUAGUCAUUUUGUCCAGCAGGGACCAUCAUAGAGUGGAUGGGAUGGCCUGCAUACGACUCUAGUUCAUGUUAUAAGGGAGGUGUUAGUAUUGAAGAAAUGGGUGACUGCUGUUCUCAGGUACGCACAAUCCAGAGGGUUACAUGAAUACUCUUCUAUCG